AAGUUAAAGUUAAAAAAUCAUCAUAUAAUAAUCCAGAAAUUGCAAUACAAACGAAAAAGGGAGGUUUGUGAUGAUUUUUCAAUCUUUUCUACUAGGUAAUCUAGUAUCCUUAGGCAUGAAGAUAAUCAAUUCGGUCGUUGUGGUCGGACUCUAUUAUGGAUUUCUGACCACAUUCUCCAUAGGGCCCUCUUAUCUCUUCCUUCUCCGAUCUCAGGUUAUGGAAGAAGGAGAAGAAGGAACCGAGAAGAAGGUAUCAGCAACAACUGGUUUUAUUAUGGGACAGCUCAUGAUGUUCAUAUCGAUCUAUUAUACGCCUCUGCAUCUAGCAUUGGGUAGACCUCAUACAAUAACUGUCCUAGCUCUACCCUAUCUUUUGUUUCAUUUCUUCUGGAACAAUCACAAACACUUUUUUGAUUAUGGAUCUACUAGCAGAAAUUCAAUGCGUAAUCUCAGCAUUCAAUGUGUAUUCCUGAAUAAUCUCAUUUUUCAAUUAUUCAACUAUUUCAUUUUACCAAGUUCAACGUUAGCCAGAUUAGUCAACAUUUAUAUGUUUCGAUGCAACAACAAGAUGUUAUUUGUAACAAGUAGUUUUGUUGGUUGGUUAAUUGGUCACAUUUUAUUCAUGAAAUGGGUUGGAUUGGUAUUAGUCUGGAUACAGCAAAAUCAUUCUAUUCGAUCUAAUAAGUACCUUGUGUCAGAAUUGAGAAAUUCUAUGGCUCGAAUCUUUAGUAUUCUCUUCUUUAUUACCUGUGUCUACUAUUUAGGCAGAAUGCCGUCACCUAUUUUUACUAAAAAACUGAAAGAAACCCCAGAAACGAAAGAAAGUGAGGAAGAAACAGAACAGGAAGAAGAGGGAUUCACCGAAGAAGAUCCUUCUCCUUCCCUUUUUUCGGAAGAAAAGGAGGAUCCGGACAAAAUCCAAAUCGAUGAAAUGGAAAAGAUCCGAGUGAAUGGAAAGGACAAAACAAAGGAUGAAUUCCACUUGCACUUAAAAGAAGCAUGCUAUAAAAAUAGCCCAACUUCGUUAGAAAUACUUAAAGAAGAAAAGAAAAACUUCUUCGGGUUUGAAAAAUCCCUUCUUUUUCUUCUUUUCGACUAUAAACGUUGGAAUCGUCCAACGCGAUAUAUAAAAAACAAUCGAUUUGAAAAUGCGGUAAGAAAUGAAAUGUCACAAUAUUUUUUUUAUACAUGUCAAAAUGAUGGAAAACAAAGAAUUUCUUUUACAUAUCCACCCAGUUUAUCAAUUUUCUGGGAAAUGAUACAAAGAAAGAUUUCUUUGGAUACAACAGAAAAAUUCUUAUAUGAUGAUGAACUAUCCAAUAAUUGGAUUUCUACAAAUGAACAAAAAAGAAACAGUUUAAGCAAUGAAUUAAAUAAUAGAAUUACGGUUCUAGACAAAGACAUUUUUUAUAUAGAUGUACUCGAUAAAAAAACAAGAUUAUGCUUAGAAAACAAAAUAGUAAAUUAA